AUGGACAAGAGGGAGGGAGGGGCGGGCAUCCAGGCUAAGCCCUUAUUCAGAUCCACUCGGACCCAUCCCACCACGGAGACCUCAGCCCAGGCGGCCCCUCAGACCUACGCUGAGUAUGCUAUCUCGGGACCUGCAGGAGGGGCUGGAGCCGCACCCCCCACCGGGCCAGAACCCCAGGCAGGAGAGACCCCCAACCAGGCUCCCAAACCAGGGGCAAAAUCCAACAGCAUCAUUGUGAGCCCCCGGCAGAGGGGCAACCCCGUACUGAAGUUCGUGCGCAACGUGCCCUGGGAAUUCGGUGACGUGGUUCCUGACUACGUGCUGGGUCAGAGCACCUGUGCCCUCUUCCUCAGCCUCCGCUACCACAACCUCCACCCGGACUACAUCCACGAGCGGCUGCAGAGCCUGGGCAAGAGCUUCGCCCUGCGGGUCCUGCUGGUGCAGGUGGACGUGAAAGAUCCUCAGCAGGCCCUCAAGGAGCUGGCGAAGAUGUGCAUCCUGGCAGACUGCACCCUGGUCCUUGCCUGGAGCCCCGAGGAGGCCGGGCGGUACCUGGAGACCUACAAGGCCUACGAGCAGAAGCCAGCGGACCUCCUGAUGGAGAAGCUGGAGCAGGACUUCGUCUCCCGGGUGACUGACUGUCUCACCACUGUGAAGUCCGUCAACAAAACGGACAGUCAGACCCUCCUGACCACUUUUGGGUCUCUGGAACAGCUCAUAGCUGCAUCGAGGGAAGAUCUGGCCUUGUGCCCGGGCCUGGGGCCCCAGAAGGCCCGCAGGCUGUUUGAUGUCCUCCACGAGCCCUUCUUGAAAGUGCCCCGAUGACCUCAGCUGCCCAGGAGGCCCCCAGUGUGACAAUAAAGCAUUUUCCCGCCUGGC